GGUGUGGGCGCUGCGCCCGGCAGGGGGAGGGUUACAGGACACUUCCUGCACUGGCCAAGACGUUAAAGAAUUGAAACUUGGGAUGGAGGCCAAACAGUCUGGAGUGUGACACAGCCGGGGGGCCGCGCCCUCCUCCGCCUCAUGCUGCUGCUGAGCUCAUCCUUAAAGCCACAGGUCGGGGAGUGUAAUAUGUGUAGAUGUAUACUGUAUGUAGUGAGCGGGGUCUCCCCCUUACCCCACUCACCGUGACAGCUCGUCCUGCAGAGAUGCCAGAGUGCGGCGCCACGUGUGUCUGACAGCCGGUCACAUGUAUACACACAGCGGCCGGAGUGGGGUGUUCCUGCUCCUUACACUGACAGCAGCAGCAGGAUCAGGCAGAGGGGUGAGAAGGGCAUGAUGAUGGGCGCACAGCGGGCGCUCGCCGGGUGAUGCCGGCAUUAUAACACCAGGAUUGCAAGAAUAUGCCUUUAAUCAGGGACACAUAUGAAUUACACAGGUUCUGUGGCAGGCUGAGGCUGCAUAUGACCUGGUUUUAAUCAGCCACAGAACCUGUGUGAGUCAUACAUGUGCCUGAUCACAGGGGCCGGUGCAUGUAGCGCUGCGGGCCGGCUCACACCCAUAGCGGCGCCUGUCCUCUGCAGUAGAUGUGAGCGUGUACCCGCAGCCUUCCCGGCCGGUGUGUGUAGUGAUGCCGUGGGAUAGAGCCAGGGUUGCUUGCUCCGGUGUACGGGACUCUCGGAUACCCUCCUAGAUCCCGCCCUGCUCCCGAUCAUGCCCUUAUCCAUGCGGAUCCCACCCCCGCCUCUCCCCCGGGCUCAGCGAUGAAUGGGCACCCCGGGGCGGCAGGAAGUUGUAAUGAUGAGCCGCUUUAUGUGCUAGGUGCCGCCGCCUGUCCCUCCCAGAGAUCCCAGCACGGCUGCCGAGGCGGGGAGGGUGCGGGGCACAGAGACCUCCUGGUCCUGCGACGUGUGAGAUCACCGGUCCUUGUGGGGAAGCUAGAGUAACGCGAUGUGACGGCCGGGAUGCUGCUGCGGGGGGACUGAGCACAGCAGAGACCGUCACCCCCUCACUCGGGAGACUGAGACGCGGCGAGAGUGCUGCUGGCAGGGGGAUUAGACAGACUGCCGCCUGAUUAACCUUGUGCAAAGGGCGAGGCUCUGUCUCUUGCAGUCUCUUCCCCAGCGCCGCCCUCUCCCAGUGCCGAGUCUGUCACUGCCCGGACUGCAGAGCCUCGGAGACUGUCCGCACGGCAGAGGUUGCCUCGCUGCCUCCCUUGUAGAAGGAGGACCCCAGUCCCCCCGGGUCACACAGACAUACAUGGGGAGGGGGAGCCAGUGACAGCCGCCCCCCCCCACCCGCUUCUGGAAGCUGGAGGUGAUGAAGUGGCACUGGCAGAGCCCGGAGGGAGCAUGAGGAGAGCGCUGCUGUGCGUUGACCGGGGGGAGACCCCCCUCAGGGGGUGACAGUAGCGCUGCUGCUGCCGCGCAAGGGAUGAAAAGUUUCUGCUGGAAAAGUGACCUCAUACUUGUAUUUUAGGCCUGGUCACCGAGAAGGGAAUGAGGAGAGAUGGCGGACCAGAGCCACAUCCAGUCAUCCGCUUCCAAAAGCAUCAGACCCUUCCGCUCCAGCGAAGAGUAUCUGGAGGCCAUGAAGGAGGAUCUUACAGACUGGCUCAAUAUGCUGUAUGACCUGGACAUGGAGGCUGGCAACUUUCUGGAGACUUUGGAGACUGGUUACACUCUAUGUCAACAUGCUAACAAUCUCAACCGCUUGGCGCGAGACUUUAGAAUACAAUAUCCAGAUGCUGCUGCUGGUAUGAGGCUACCUCAGAAGGAUGUGACAUUCCAGGUGAAAGGGGCUGUUCCAGGCUCCUUUAUGGCCAGGGAUAAUGUAUCCAACUUUAUUGGCUGGUGUCGGAAGGAACUUGGCAUACCAGAGGUGUUGAUGUUUGAAACUAAUGACCUGGUCCUUAAGAAGGGGGAGAAGAGUUUUGUUCUAUGUUUGCUUGAGGUAGCCCGGCGAGGGGCACGUUUUGGCAUGCCAGCGCCAACACUUAUCCAGAUGGAGGAGGAAAUAGAAGAGGAGCUUAGCCAGGGCAGGAUGAACACAGAACAAAGAGGGUACCCACGAGUCCAAAUGCCUGUUCGGCCACGCACCCUGUGUGAUCUUAAGAACCUGGAUGAGUUGGUGCGUGAGAUACUAGGUUGCUGUCGCUGUCCAUCUCAGUUUCCAAUGAUAAAAGUGUCUGAGGGAAAAUAUCAGGUUGGGGACAGUAACACGCUUAUCUUUGUGCGGGUUCUAAGGAAUCAUGUUAUGGUGCGUGUUGGAGGAGGCUGGGAUACUCUAGAACAUUAUCUGGACAAGCAUGAUCCCUGCAGGUGUAAUUUUGUUUCCCAUCGUGCACAGACAUCACGUUCCAUAACAUUUUCCCCACAGCGUGGAUCUAACUUUACACCAUCCCGCACAUUAAGCCCCUCUGGGGGACGAUAUUCUGAAGGAUUUCCCAGAAGCACUCGGAGCCCUGAGCCUAACGCUCCACAACGAUCCAAUCCGACUGCAGCAUCUUCCCUGAAUAAGCCUACCAAGGCCCCAGUAUCACAGAAGGAACGUCCAGGGGUGCAUAACAUUAACUCAUUCAGGCCUCCUCGCUUACGGCGCUAUUCUGGUGACAGUGACUCUUCUGCCUCCUCUGUUCAGAGCGCCCCAGCUGGGAGAAAAUCAGGCGAGGUGAUGAGACCGGGACUCCGCUCUUCUGUAACGCGAAGUCAGUCCCAGGACCGAGGCCCCCUUCCCCGGCGAUCACCGGCAUCCCAACCUGCCAUGCCUGAUCGUGGCAGGGUCCAUGGUGUAUCAACUGCUGGUGCUCCGAACCGACGGGCCCGAAGUCAAGGUCCCCCAACUAACAAGAAAGCGGUUUUGCUCAUUACACGAGACAAAGAUGGACAACAUUCAUUGACAGGUCCUGUAACUUCCAAGCCUCCUAACACUCGCACUCUGACGGAGCCCCCAAAAACUCAUGCUCGAAGACAACUGGCAUAUGCACCUGAGCCUCUUGAUGUUCGCCAUGAGCAACAAAUUUAUCGCAGUCUUGAGAAAGAGUUUUUGGAAAAUUCACGACUUCUGGGAGCAUCAGAGAAUACUGUAGGAGCACAAGGUGCUGCUAUCUUACUAAGUCCACCUUCCUGUGAGCCAGCUACUAUAGACUCUGCUUACUGCUCCUCUAGCUCAUCUUCUUCCUCACUCAACUUCUACAUUACUGGAGGAGGAAGGGAACAGAGUGCAGAUGGGAACAAUGUAGCACUAACUGCAUCUACUUGGAGGAGACUUCCAGCCUUAUCCAGCUCUUCAGAUGAUAGUUCCUGCCCACCUGCUUCUGAGGACCUGCAGGAGGCAGUUGAAACAGAGGAGCCCUCUGCAGCUGCUGAAGUUGAAGUAGACACUAGCGGUGUGGUUUUAAGACCAAAGAAAACCCUAAAACAUCCAGACAGAGUCCCUUCCAUCUACAAACUCAAACUGCGCCCGAAGAUCCGGCCUAGAGCAGACACCCAACCAGAUAAGUCACCUUCUCGCAUCCCCACACCACUUAACUACAGAAAUUCAGGUUCUCCACCUAAACAGACACCCAACCGUCGCUCCUGGAGAGCUCUGCAAGCUGUCUUGUUCUCUGAUUCUGGGGUAGAGGCAGAACAUCCCUUUGGAUGAGCGGGUUCUGGAGACUCAAUACCAUGACCCCAGUAUAACACGUGCAGCUUGCCAGUUGAUAAUGCUGUUUAAGCUAUGCUUUAGCUAUCAGUGAGUUAGGAUGUGACAUUUCCUGAAAAUAAGCAUGCUGAGUGACAUAUAACACUACGAUCCGCACAGGAGUAGAUUGUUCUAGCAAGGUUACACACCAUACAUUGUCAUUAUGUAAUACUGAAGCAUGGGUGUUUCUAGGUUGCUGCUACUAUAAGCAAUACGGUGCAUUAUCAGGGCUGGGGAGGUAUAUAGAGGCUGCCGCUAUACCUCUUAAUGCCAUGGGGUAAAAGAGUAAUGAUUAUAAUAUUCACAUUUUAGGUUAGGAAUAUUACUUAGUAGGCCUGACUGACUGGUGUUGACCAUUUCAUUUUUAUUAUUAAUAGGUUUAGGAGUAUUUUUAAUUUUCUGAAUUCCCUGUGUGGUACAGUAACACUGCAAAUCUAUAAGAGUACAGAUAAAAAAUGUUUUGUUAUCUGUGUCCCGUAAAUACUGUGGUUAAAGUUCAUCACUUCCUGCACAGGACUUUUUUUUUUUUUUAUAAUUAUUUUCCAAGAAAACCAUUCCAGUUUUAAAUCUUUAGAGAAUAUUUUAUGUUCCUGGACUUCUCUUAAAGAGAAUCUGCCAUCAGUCUUAUGGUGUGUACACACGGUGAGAUUUUUUUCUUACGAUUUUGACUAUAUAGUCAAAAUCGUAAGAAAAGUUAGUGCAGAUUCGAUGCCGAUGCGCGGUCGGCAUCGAAAGAAAAUAUAGUCAAAAUUGACUUGCCUGCACAGUCUAUCUCUAUAGAAGAGAUAGUCAAAAUUGACACUUAGCCAAAAUCGUACAUAGUCAGUAUCGCAAGCACAUAAUGAGUGUGCUUGCGAUACUGAUUAUAUGCCGACCUAGCCCCUGUCACAUAGUGAGAAUCGGCAUAGCCCGAAUCUCACCGUGUGUAUGGGCCAUUACAGGGCACAUUGCAAUUACCAUCCAUGUCCCAAUUUUUGUAGUUCAGGUGUUCUUACCUCCAGUACUCAAGUAUCCCCAACAGGCCAUGUUUUCAAAAUUCAUUUAAUCAUGUACAGGUGAAUUUAUCUAUUUUGCAGGGUCAGUAAUUAUCCCACUUGUUUCAAAGGAAAGAAAUCCUGAAAAUAUGACCUGUUAUAUCGCUUUCGGUCUAGGAGCCAGCAGAUUAGCAGUCUGAAGCCCUUUAGGGAGUGCGCACCCCGGGAGGCCCAGUGAGAUGCUAAAAUGCAUCUCAGGGCUGCAAUCGCCUCUGCCUGAUUGACAGGCAGAGGCUUUCGCGGGUCAAGAGGGGGCGUGCCAACGGCGUUAGAAUGCCAUUGGGCGAGGUCAGGACAGCUCAGGCGUGUCCAGACCGUUGCAGGGGUGGUCCGUUGUGGCUGUGUGGUGUCACAGCCGCUGUGACCCGGGACACGGCGGGUAGCCGCCUGCCAGCGCAGCCUAACUGUUACUCUGAACGUGCAAUAACCCGGGAUUUUGCUUCCAGUGUGAAAGGGGUAUUAGUGGUGCUUGAGGACUGAAGUUGAGAACCCAUGUGCUAUUUAAAUAAGUAAACCACCGCAGAUAUUGGUGUCCGUCCCUGUCAUUUAUAUGCAGCUCAGCAGUACUCAUUGCCUGCUGUUUGAAAGAAAGUUCCAAAUAAUAAUACAGGUUGAGUAUCUCAUAUCCAAAUAUUCCGAAAUACGGACUUUUUUGAGUGAGAGAGUGAAACCUUUGUUUUUUGAUGGCUCAAUGUACACAAACUUUGUUUAAUACACAGUUAUUAAAAAUAUUGUAUUUAAUGACCUUCAGGCUGUGUGUAUAAGGUGUAUAUGUAACAUAAAUGCAUUCUGUGCUUAGAUUUAGGUCCCAUCACCAUGAUAUCUCAUUAUGGUAUACAAUUAUUCCAAAAUACGGAAAAAUCCGAUAUCCAAAAUACCUCUGGUCCCAAGCAUUUUGGAUAAGGGAUACUCAACCUGUAAUAAUUAUUUUUUUAAGUAAAAAAUGAUUUGCUCAGGGAACAUGGUCCAAACAGCAGGAAGAUUUUUCUCAAGCAAAAGCCUAAAUAUAAUAAUGUAUGUUCUUACUGUUGGUUUAAACUGGCUUCUGUUACUUCACAAGUGCCGUGUGUUUAGAGCUAAUGAGAUGAAACUUGUCAGGUAAGCAUUUGGGGCAAAUGGAUAAUUGCAGUAUGCAUUCCUGCACACAAGAUUUCACAAUCUCUAAAGACUCCUUCAGGCUAAUAGUAAAAGUAAAAACAACAAGCCAGGCACUAGCUCACUUGGAUGCAAUAUUAAAAGAUAUAUUCACCCAAAAGUUACUUUACUUUUUGUAGAAAUACAAAGAAUGAAAAUGAAAUCAAAGUGCUUAUUUAACUGCUCCGCUCUAUUGGCUGGAUCUGCUGGGGCCUCCGCUGGAUCUUUGUGUCCCACCAUGCACUGCGCUGUCCUGUCUGCCUUGUUUUAAUUAUACCACCAAGAGCUGAUGCCUCUCUCUCCAUAGAUGUACGUAUAUGGAGUGCAAUGUUGGAUCCCAGUGCAUCCAGAGAAUGAACAGUAAAAAUUGGGGUUUAGUCUCAAUUCUUCACCCUCAAGUAGAUUUUUACAUUCUGUUGUCCUGUUCCAAGUGCUUUCCUGAUGCCACUGUAAGGAGACAUUAGAUAUGGCAACAUGAAGAAUUCAUGAUCUGUUAAGAGGUGAUACAGGAAUUAUGCCAGAAAUGAAAGAGAACUACAGAAGGAUAUAUAUUAUGCAUAAACCAAAUAUUAAAUAGCAGUAAGAGCAGUUGAGGAAAAUGUAUUUAGGUAAGCUUUGUCUUUUAAUGGCUACACAGUGCAAGUUGGCUGGCAAGACUAGCUGAGCCUUGCAGUUCUACAUGAGAACCCUCCCCCCCCCCACGACACAUUCAAGGAUUGAAGCAAUAGUAUGGGAUAUCCAGAUAGUUUAUAUGAAGCACUUUUAACCGUUACAGGGAGAUUGUAUAUGGAGCAAUAGGGGAAGUUAUAGGAUGGGGUCCUAUAAGGAAACUGGCUGUCUAUUUUAAAAGGAAGUUUAAAGAAUAAUUAUAUAGUGCAUGGGGUGUAGUAUGGUAUGCCGGCGGCCGGGCUCCCGGCGACCAGCAUACCGGCGCCGGUACUGUGCGCCGGGAUCCCGACAUUCGGCAUACUGAAGACCACCCAGUGCAUGAGAAGGUUUUAAAGGAAGAGCUGAUUCUAGCUACUGUAUGUUAGGGCAAGUGACCAAGUAGAGACUUUUAUUCGGUAUAGAACCUGAUUAACCAGCCAUUAUAAGUCACAUUUAGUAAUAUAUUGGCUGCCACAUUUUUUGAUUAAUGUGGACUGAAAGUGUAGACCAGGGUUAUUUCAAUAUGCGGCCCUCUAGCUGCUAUGGCAUACUCUAAUAGCAAAACUGUGGCAGGGCAUGCUGGGAUGUGUAGUUCCACAGCAGCUGAAGGAGCGCAUGUUCCUGUAAAUAAAGUUGUUUUAUUUUUAGUAGAGAUGUGCGGGUUCUGAUUUAUUCGGUUCUUAACUCCAAAUUAGGAUGAAUCCGGAUUUUUCUUAUUGGCUAUCCGCACCUGCACAUCUCUGCCAAUAACUAAAAACCAGAGUGCAGAAUAUUUUUAUAGUCAGUCAUAUGUUUUUGUAAUUUACACAUACUACACUUUGGUGCUUUGCUUUCUCCUUGGCAACAAUGUAGUCUUCACUGUACACUUGACCAGCUUGGGACAAACAGGUAUAUACCUGAGUAAAGGUCAGGUGCUAAUCCUACAACAGGCACCCCAGUCUAUGCAGGUGCAGCUCAGGAGCGCACACACUGAUGAUGUAUCUGCUGUGAACUGUCUAUGGUUCUGUUCUGCUGAAAUGGAAUUCCAGGUAUCUAAUGUUUGUAAGGAGCCAGAUGUGUGUAAGAAAUGGAAUGGGAGUGUCUGCUAAUAUAUUGUAGAGCAGGGUUUGGAGCAAUGAGAUUACAGUCUGUGGUUGCACUUAUUUUUCAAAUUGUAUGUGCACAAGUGUUGUGCAUCAGUGGAUGGCUGUUGAUGUGUAUGUUCAAUAGAAAUGUCUGAAAAUAUGUCUAAUGUAAUGUUUAAUCUCUUGCUGCUGAUUAAAUCUUUUGGGAAAUAUCAUUGUUUACUGUGUCACACUGACAUCCCAGACACCAUUAUUUAUAAUACUUGAAAUUAAGCUGUCUUCAACACAGUGGCGGGAGCCACUUGCGGAAUGUACCUAUAGGAAGCAUGAGGCACAUUCUAUAUCUCCUAAUGAAUUAAUGGGUUACUGCAUUGGUUCUCAAACUGUUUUGAAUCCCGGCGACCUAGAGUAUCAGAAUUGUUCUAAUAGCACCCCGAGGCCAAACGUUUCUUACUGAGAAGUUUAAAAAUAUUAAAAUAC